AUGUUAAGCAACGAAGACACUCUGGAGUAUUGGAAUGCAGUUUCAUUUGGGAAGGUUAAGCAAAGGUUCAAAGAUAGAUUCAAGAGAGUGGCACAAACGAAGGAGAAAACGAAGCAAAUCUUAUCCAAGCACGCCGAUAAGAUCGCUAAACAAGCCGAGGAACAUGAAAGAUUCAUCAACAAGGUGACUCAUCUAUUGGGUGUUCUUGGGUUUGGGGCAGUUAGCUUCCUUUUAGGUGCAAGGCCUCAAGAUAUACCUUACUUGUAUUGUUUGUUCUUCUUCACCUUCGUUCCUAUUCGAUGGAUUUAUUACCGGUAUAAGAAAUGGCACUAUUAUCUUUUGGAUUUUUGCUACUAUGCCAACACAAUUUUCUUGGUCCAUCUUUUGUUCUUUCCAAGAAAUGAGAAGCUUUUCAUGGUUUGCUUCUCAUUUGCAGAGGGACCACUAGCAUGGGCAUUGAUCGCUUGGCGUUGUAGCUUAGUUUUUAGUUCACUAGACAAAACUGCAAGCGUCCUCAUACAUCUUUUACCUGGUGAGUUGGACCUCUUCUUUUGGUUGGUUUUCUUCACAAUUAGAUGGUGGGAUCUAGCAUUCUUUGCAGCCAUGCAUCCUCAAGGAACUGCUCAGAGUCAGAGAGUGUCAUGGCCUUAUGUAGAAAGCAAAUCUGACCUGUGGACAUGGCUAUUUGUAGUUCCUUUAGUUGCUUAUAGCCUUUGGCAGGCUCUCUAUUUUCUAAUUGUAAAUGUCUUCUGUCAACAGAGGCUUUCAAGAGAUCCUGAAGUCAUGACAUCUUACAGGGAACUCUCAAAGAAAGCACAAAAGGCAAACAAUAUAUGGUGGCGUUUAAGUGGUAUGCUAGGGGAUCAGAAUCGGCAGUUUAUGUAUAUUCUGAUCCAAGGCAUCUUCACAGUGGCUACUAUGGCAUUCACAGUCCCCAUAUUUAUGUCAUAUGAACUACACCUUAUCUUCCAAAUACUCAAGGUUUCUGCAACUACAUGGAAUGGAGGAUGCUUUUUACUAGAAGUUAUGCCGAGGCAGGUGGUUCUCAAGGAGAAGAAAAAAUCAGAAACGGAUAAGCAUAUACAAACUCAACAAGAUGAGUACUCAAUUGUGCACGAAAAUCCAAUGAAGACUUAUAAUCGGACGUCGUGUAUGUGCUGGAAGAUUCAGUGA